UGAUCGUUCAUUACCAUAAAAUCAAAUGGCAAACAUAAAUAUGCCGUAAACUAAGUAAGUCUACGAGUGUAGACUAGCGUGAAUCGAAUUAAUUGCAUCAAUAAUUCUUUGUUACAAAUAUACUUUUUGCGUUUGACCUCUAAAUCACGCUUCCAAAGAUAAAAUUUUGAUAAUAGAUGGUGAUGUCUAUGAAAGCGACAGUUUGUUCCUAACAUGGAUAAGUUAUUGAAGGGGAUAAUAAAAUAUCGGGGCACCGCGAGGGAUGAAAUGGUCAAACAGUUUUUGCAAGUCAAGGAUCAUCCAACGCCAAAGGCAGUGUUUUUCACGUGUAUUGACAGUCGAAUGAUACCGACAAGAUUCACCCAGACUGAAGUUGGAGAUAUGUUUGUGGUAAGAAAUGCUGGAAAUGUAAUACCUCAUUCCCAACAUUUUGUGGACGAGUUAACAUCAAACGAACCAGCUGCCUUAGAACUCGGAUGUGUAGUCAAUGACAUUCGGCAUAUAAUCGUUUGUGGUCAUAGCGAUUGUAAAGCAAUUAAUUUAUUAUAUAAAUUACAGGAUAGCGAAUUUGCAUCUCAGGAAAAUAGAAGAAUUUCACCGCUACGAGCAUGGCUGUGCACACACGCACUUUCAAGCUUAGAAAAAUUUCAACAACUGGAAGUCUCGGACUAUUCGAAGCCGUUGAUAUUUCAAGCAGAAACCCCAAUGAGAAAAUUUGUAGCAUACAUAGAUCCAGAAAAUAAAUUCGCUAUUGAAGACAAACUGUCACAAAUUAACACGUUACAACAACUUCAAAAUAUAGCUAGCUAUGGAUUUUUGAAAAAAAGACUGGAGAAACACGAGCUUCACAUACAUGCCUUGUGGUUCGAUAUUUACACUGGGGAUAUUUAUUAUUUUAGUAGGGGAGCAAAAAGAUUUGUUCUUAUUGAUGAAGAUAAUGUUGAUAAACUUCUACAAGAAGUUAAAAAAUACUAUUCAUAGGGCAAAGCCAAGACAUUAUACAGAUCUUCUAUUUUUUCCUUUUAUACUUAAUAAAAUAUAUUUUUAUAUUAAGAAUAUAAUUGAAAUUAAAAA